AUGGGCAAGGGUCUCCAGGGGUCCCAUGGGUCUCCAAGGAUCCCGGGGAUCUCCAGAGCCUGCCAUGGGAUGGUGUUCCCGCCAUGCCCUCACAGGUGGGAACAUGGCAGCUGCUGCUGCGGCCAGCACACGCCCACCUGGGCAUCACUGGCGGCGUGUCUCGGCCAGGGCGGGUGCCAAGGUGGCUGCCAUUUCCCAUGGCAGGGUGUGCAGGUGGAUGCCAGGGGCCAUGCGGUAGUGAAUGAGUACCAGAACACUACCAGGAGAGGGGUCUAUGCCAUUGAGGACAUCUGUGGGAGAGCCCUCCCCACCCCAUUGGCAAUCGUGGCGGGCAGAAAUCUGGCGCACAGGCUCUUCAAGGGCAAGCAGGACUCCCAGCGGGACUACUGUGAUACCCCCACCAUCAUCUUCAGCCACCCGCCCAUCGGCACCAUGGGCCUCACCAAAUGUGAAGCUGUGGCCAUGCACAGGAGGGAGAACGUGAAGAUGUACAGCACAUCCUUCACCCCCUCGUACCAUGCCAUCGCCCAGGGGAAGUUUAAGUGUGUCAUUUAGCUGGUGUAUGCUGGUGAGGAGGAGAAGGUGGUGGAAUUGCACAUGCAAGGGCUGGGCUGCGACGAGAUGCUGUGGGGCUUUGCCAUGGCCUUCAAAAUGGGGGCCACCAAGGCCAACUUGAACAACACUGUUGCCAUUCUCCCCACUUCUGCCGAAGAGACGUGGUGA